ACGUCAGCUAUUUCAAGACUGAUGAUAGAUUAAAAUAGUUCAUUUUAAUAUCUUUUUUAACAAAAAACCUUCUCGAUGUGGUACAAAUGUUGUCCAGUUUGAAAGAAAAGAUUUUAAACGUCAAACAAAAUGUUCCACUAUUCAAUACUGAAGGCAAGGAAAUUAAAGAAAAAGAGGCCAUAAACCUGUAUGCGGGCGCCGAUAUUUUACAGCAUUUUCAGAACCAGUGGGAGGAAUUGCAUCAAAUUAAUGAAGAUAACGCCAAAAAGGCCGAGAUUGUGGCACAAGAUAUCACUAAAAUAACAUCUAACAUUACUUGUAGCAAGGAAAACUUGUCUUUAAUUACACAUAUACUCUCCAACUCAAACCUACCAGGAAACAUUGGGAACUGCUUAGAAAACAUCAAAAGUUUGUAUACACUAUCAGAUAAAAUAGAAAGCGGAUUGAUUGACCUAGAAAAUUUAAUAGACGAAAUAGAAUUUGAGAAGCUAAAAGUGCAACAUCAGUUCCACCUCCAACAAUAUGAGUUGAGGAAAGAAGAAUCAUUGGAGAGUUUUAAGAAUACUUUGGAAGAAAACCAUACAAGGAAAGUGGCCGAAUAUGAGGCGAAGAAGAAAAGUGUGAUGGAAGAAAGGCAAAAAGCCUUCCAGGAUGCUUUCAAAAGUGACCUAGAGGUAUACAAAAGUCUGGGAACUUUACCAGAAAUUAACCAAAGGAAACAAAACGGUGCGUUACUAGAAGAAAUCCAGAUCGAUUAUGAUCCAAGUGAACUGGACCAAUUCUUUAAUGAAAAUUCAUGAAGGUUGUUUCGUAAACGAUUUGGUCUAAACAACAGCCUUGUAUUUUGCUAAAUAUAUACUGUUACUGUACUGUACUAUACUUAAAUACUGUUGAGGUAUUGUUAAAUAAUUUAUAGUUUAUUUUUUUAUUUAUGACUAUAUUGUAUAUGUAAAGUUUUCAAUAAAUCAUGAAUCAAA